CUCAGAGGCCGAGCCACACAGGUAACUCAGAAAAAAAUAGAAAGGGGAGGAAAAAAAACUCUAGGGCUUGUUAUGGAGUUCGUGUGAAAGAAACACGGAUUUCCACCCUUCUCUACCAGUUAAACCAGUAUCUCUGGAUAGAGCACACUCAAGUACUGCAACAGUUUUUACCCUUGUGGUCCCUGAUGGCUUCGCACAGUGAUACUCUGGUGGUGUUCUUUGGGGCAACAGCUGGUGCAAAUGGGGGUAAACUGGGUUCGGAUGAGAGGGAAAUAAUUCUCUUGGUGUGGCAAAUUGUGGAUCUACAUGAGAAAAAGGUCGGGAAGCUUCACAGAUGUCUUGUCAAGCCCGACACUUUGGAGCUGACAGACCAGUGUAAAGAGGACACAGGGCUGACUUUGGACGACAUCAUCAAAGCUGAGCCCCUGGACAAAGCUCUGCAACAGUUCCAGCAAUCGGUGUCAUCAGAAGUGAAAUGCCUCGGCAGAAGCUCUUACACGCUUUGUGUCAACAGUCCCCUUGUCAUUCGACAGGCCCUCCACCCCGAGGCUUCCAAAAAGAAUCUUGUCCUUCCUGAAUGUUUCUUUUCAUUUGUGGACGUGACAAAGGAGUUUCACAAAUGCUGCCCCAAUGCCGGCCCUGUGCAGAAGCUCACACUCUCCUCCAUGCUGGAAUAUGUUGGCCUUCCCGCUGAGUCAGAGCAGUUGAUGGGGGUGAGGGAGGUGAGGAGCAUGGUGCAGCUGACACUCUGCAUCCUGGCUGAGCCGUACAAUCACACAUUUUCCUGUGUUGAAACAGUGAAGUACAAGUUUGAUUCUGGCACAUGCAGUAAGACAGAGCCAGUGGACAGUGAGACAGUCAUCAGAGCGCGGGGGCUUCCAUGGCAGUCCUCAGACCAAGACAUUGCUCGCUUCUUUAAAGGCCUCAAUAUUGCCAAAGGUGGCAUUGCCCUGUGUCUCAAUGCUCAGGGCAGGAGGAACGGCGAGGCCUUAGUUCGCUUCAUCAAUUCUGAACACAGGGACCUGGCGCUGGAGCGACACAAGCACCACAUGGGCAGCCGCUACAUCGAGGUCUACAAGGCCACAGGAGAGGAAUUCCUCAAGAUUGCUGGAGGUACAUCCAAUGAGGUGGCCCAGUUCCUGUCCAAAGAGAACCAGGUGAUUGUCCGUAUGCGGGGGUUGCCGUUCACCGCUACACCCCAAGAAGUGCUGGCCUUCCUCGGUCCCGAGAGCCCAGUCACAGAUGGCGCCGAGGGUCUGCUAUUCGUCAAGUACCCUGACGGACGUCCCACUGGUGAUGCCUUUGUGCUCUUCUCUUGUGAAGAGUAUGCCCAGAAUGCCCUGAAGAAGCACAAGCAGAUCCUGGGGAGGCGUUAUAUCGAGCUGUUUCGGAGUACUGCGGCUGAGGUGCAGCAGGUCCUGAACCGCUACAUGUCCACCCCACUGAUCUCCACACUGCCCCCUUCACCCAUCGUGCCUGUCCCAGUCCUCGCCUCACCUUCCUUCCUUUCAUCAGCCAGCAGCACCCGUGACUGUGUCCGCCUCCGUGGUCUGCCCUACACCGCUGGCAUUGAGGAUAUUCUGGAGUUCAUGGGAGAGCACACUGUUGACAUCAAACCCCAUGGAGUCCACAUGGUCCUCAACCAACAGGGUCGGCCCUCUGGUGAUGCCUUCAUCCAAAUGAAAUCACCCGACAGGGCAUUUAUGGUGUCCCAAAAGUGCCAUAAAAAGACGAUGAAGGACCGUUACGUGGAGGUGUUCCAGUGCUCCACAGAGGAGAUGAGCAUCGUCCUGAUGGGAGGAACCCUGAACCGCAGCGGACUCUCCCCUCCACCCUGCAAACUUCCCUGUCUGUCUCCCCCCACAGCUUACGCCGCGUUCCCCACCCCACCUGCCAUUCUCUCUGAUGCCGCCCUCUAUCAGCCCCCCCUGCUGGCUGCUCCUAGACCCCAUCAGACCACCACACACAGCCCCGCUCACACUCUGGCUUACUACCCCCCUCAGCCACAUCUGUACAUGAACAUGAACAUGAACUACACCGCUUAUUACCCCAGCCCCCCAGUUUCUCCCUCCACAGUUAGCUACUUUGCAGCUCCACCAGGAGCAGUAGCAGCAGCAGUCGCAGCCCAACCCCACCCUGCUGCAGCCGCCUCUCCUGUGCUGCCCCAACCUGGCGCCCUGGUCAGGAUGCAGGGCCUGCCCUACAAUACUGGAGUCAAGGACAUCCUCAGUUUCUUCCAGGGAUACCAGCUCCAGCCCGACGCCGUUCUCAUCUUGUACAACUUCAGUGGCCAGUGCAGCGGCGAGGCCUUGAUCACCUUCCCUAGCGAGGAGAUGGCCAGGCGGGCCGUAGCCGAGCGCUCCAACCAUCCCUUCUACGGCCAGCAGGUCCAUUUGGUCUUCUGUAACUGACCACUAGUCCUCCAUCUCUCUCCAUCUCCCUCAUUUAACCUCCCACAGAAGAGCACUCGCUUUCUGAACAAACCUCUUCAGCAACAACUUUUGCUUUCCCAUCGGAACAGGUUCCAGUACAGCUACUGAACCUCUACCUCCUCCCUGAUCUGCCAUAAUGCUGGCCCCGACACUCCUGAAGCUGCUGUUGGAGUUUUGUAUUGUUGCCAUGUCUGCUUCACCAUCCAGCUCCUCAGGUGAAGCAGCUGAAGUCAUUCAUGUUGGGCUAAAUUUCAGGUGAAAGUCUUGCGUAGCGUUACUGUGUAUCUGCUCUUACUGUAAUAGCUGGUUGUUGAGACGUGAUGGUGUGGAGCCUGGAAAAACCCAUGUCAGUGUCUCUGCUCAGCCACAUCUGCAUGUAUAUUUAUACUCUAUAUACAGUAUGUGUCCUUCAUAAAACUGUACAGAUGUUCAUCCUGAAAUGCUUGACACUGCUUCCACCUUACACAAGCGUUCUUCUGCACGACCUUUUCUGUAUAUUUCUGUUUCACUUUAUAACACUACAAGACUUUUUUUUUUUCCUCAGAGUUUAUAAUCCUUUGUGUUAGCGCUACGCAAACACAGCUGUGUGUAUGUACAUGCACAAUGUUUAUUGAUUUAAUGGCCUCCAGCAGUGUAUUGGUGCCAUUUAAAAAGAGAAAAAAAGCCAUAGACUGACUUAGACUACUGAAAACAAAGAGACUGUUCUUCUCAACUGUCUUGGAGUAAUUUAAACUAGUGUUGAGCUGCAGGGACUGUUGGUUAAAGAGCAAUAUUACAGAUGUGCCAGUGUACCAGCUAAUUUUUGUAUUUUUGUCUGUCUGUAAAAACCAUUUAUGUUUGACGUAUGUCAUCUGUCUUCAAGCACUACAGAUUUCUUUUUGCUCUAAUCAAAGCUUUAAGGAACCGAGAAUCUUUAUCAGAGUAGCAUAAUCAGUUGAUUCUAUUUUUACUAAUCCCAUUUCCUUACAAAUUGGAGAUUUUGUUAAUAAAUGUAAAAGACCUGAGGCGUCUCCUGAUGCCUUUUAUAAUUAUUGACCUCAACUACGGUAUCUUCUGUUCUUAUUUCCAGACUCUUCACAGUGAUCAGUCUGUAGCAUGCCUUGAUUUCUGCUUUUGAACAGAGUACUGUGUAAAGCUUUUCAUGUGACAGGCCUGCUGACAGCUGUCCAAGCUUUUUCGUCAUCACUGUGCCUACACUACCCAGAGUGCAAUACUGGCCCAAAUAAGGCUAGGUCAACCUCUGGUGGCAGAGGAGAUAUUUGUUUCUUUUGUUGCAAGUUUGAGACUUGUAUGAAUUUAGAACUGUGUAUAAGACUGUAAACAAUAAAAAAUGUUGACAAUAA